AUGGCGUCCGAAAGCAUCCCUCACUAUGAACCAUUCCAAGUCCACGAGGAACCUAGCACCUGUGGAAAAAGGUGGGAGGAAUGGUUGGAAGGAUUUCAAAUCAUGAUGAUCGCGUGUGACAUCACGAGCACUAAGAGACAACGAGCUCUACUUAUCCACUACGCGGGGAAAGAAGUACGACGUGAAAUCAAAGCACUCCCAGACACCGGCGAAGAAGACGAUGUCAAGAAACUCAUCGAAGCUCUCAACAAACGUUUUGCUCCAAAACGAACGAAAGCGUACGAAAAACACGUGUUUCGUCAAGCAAAGCAAAAAUAUGGUGAGUCGACGGAUCAGUACCACGCCCGGUUACAACUUCUUGUGGCAAACUGCAAUUAUGCCAACCCUGACGAGGAAGUUUGCACACAAAUCAUUGAACACUGUACGUCGCAAAGACUAAGACGGCGAGCAUUGAGAGAAGACAUGAAGCUAGAAGACUUGUUAAACUUUGCCAGAACGAUGGAAGUCUCUGAGUCUCACGCUGCGGACAUCGAGGGCAACAUGCAUGCGUCAACAGUCAACGCAAUUAGCCGAGGCUUCAAGUCUAAACAUAAUAAACGUGGAAAACCAAAACGGGUGGCCGUCAAUGAAUCGCGAUCAACCUCUCGAUUAUGCUACUUUUGUGGAGGCGAUUAUCCUCAUGACGGACCGUGCCCUGCAAAAUGCAAGAAAUAUAAAUCAUGCGGGAAAGAUGGACAUUUUGCCAAAGUUUGCAGAUCCAAACCAAACAAGGAAAGAGACCGCAAACCAAAACGAUCUAUAAGGCGAGUUGACGCUGACACAGAUUCGAGUAGUGAGUCCAGCCAAGAAACCGACCAAGUGACAUACGUAUUCGGUAUACGCACGGAAACUAUUCACGCAACCAAGGCAAAGUUUCAAACAGCUGACAUCACAAUUCACGGUAAGGAAAUUAAAUUCUUGAUUGAUACUGGUGCAGCGAUCAACAUAAUGGAUGAAAGUGACUUUGAAAAGCUUAACGGGAAAGUCAAGUUGAGACGGACUUAUACAAAAGUAUUUCCAUACAAGAGUCAAUAUCCAAUCGAAACCCUAGGCGAAUUCCGGACAGACAUCAAAUGUAAAACGAAUAAUGGAAGAAAAUCGCUAUCGAAUAUAUUAGUUCAUGUCGUCAAGCGCAACGGUAAUUUCGGGGAAUCGCUACUAAGUUUUCAGACAGCAGAAGAUUUGGGACUCGUACAAAUAAUUAAACAAGUCGGGGGACAGACCGUAACAGACAAGCUAGUAAGCGAAUACAAUGAUUUAUUCACAGGCCUAGGCAAAAUGACAGAUUUCCAUAAAAGCUACACAUAG